AUGCCGUUCCUCAAGCGCCAGGCCGAUCAGGUCGAAUCCUCAAACUCCCCUUCCAAUGGGGUCAAGGCUGAGCAGGAGACCGUGCCGGCUGCUAAGCACCAGAGAGUCACCUUCAAGGCGGUCUUCCUCGGUAUUGUCGUCAGUAUUGGUGGUUUCAUGUUCGGAUACGUCAGUGGUCAGAUUUCCGGCUUCUUCUUGAUGCAUGACUUUGCCGAGCGCUUCGGUCAACUUAACGAGGCCACUGGAAAGUACGAGUUCAGCGCCACCCGCCAGGGUACUAUCACCGGUCUGCUUCCUGUAGGAUGUUUGGUUGGAGCUCUAGUUGCUGGUAACAUUGCCGAUUCACUUGGACGCCGCAUGGCCAUCUGCGUGUCUGCUUUGUGGGCUUGUGUUGGAACCGUCAUCGAGAUCUCCUCCGAGCACGUCUGGUACCAGUUCGCCAUCGGUCGCCUGGUCACCGGUGUCUCUAUCGGCUCCCUGAGUGUCGUCGUCCCAAUGUACCAAUCCGAGAGUGCCCCGGCUCUGAUCCGUGGUAUUCUGGUCUCAACCUACCAGCUCUUCAUCACCCUCGGUAUCUGGACUUCCAACAUGGUUGAUUUCGGUACCGAGGCCAAGCUCAACAGCAGCUCUUGGCGUAUUCCCAACGGUCUCGGUUUCCUCUGGGCUCUCAUCCUGGGAGUUGGCGUGCUGUUCCUCCCCGAGUCCCCUCGGUUUGCCUUCACGCGUGGUCGUGAGGAGGAGGCCCGCCAGACUAUCGCCGGUCUUGCUGGAGUCGACCCCCACCACCGUUCCGUCAGCGACCAGCUUUCCCAGAUCCGCGCCAAGCUGGAUGAGGAGAAGGCUUCCGGCAAGGCCAAGUUGACUGAGAUCUUCACCGGUCCUCGCAUGCUUUACCGAACCAUCCUCGGUAUAAUUCUCCAGAUGGGCCAGCAGCUUACCGGUGCCAACUUCUUCUUCUACUACGGUACUACCGUCUUCGCGGCCACCGGCCUUGACAACAGUUACGUUACUCAGAUCAUCCUCGGUACCGUCAACGUGGUCUGUACCUUCGCCGGUCUGUACGUUGUGCAGAAGGUUGGACGCAGAAAGGCUCUUAUCGCGGGUGCUGGCUGGAUGAUGAUUUGCUUCUUCAUCUACGCCUUCGUCGGUCAGUACUCGCUCGACCAUGAGGACCCCUCCAGAACUCCUGCUGCUGGCUCGGUUCUCAUCGUCUUCUCCUGCUUGGCCAUCGCUGCAUUCGCGACCACCUGGGGUCCCAUUGUGUGGGCUGCCGUCGCCGAGAUGUACCCUGCACGUUACCGAGCACCAUGCAUGGCUCUGGCCACUGCCUCCAACUGGUUCUGGAACUUCAUGAUCUCUUUCUUCACUCGUUUCAUUACCGAUGCCAUCGACUACUGGUACGGUUUGGUCUUUGCUGGCUGCUGUGCCGCUCUUGUCCUUAUCGUCUUCUUCUUCAUGAUCGAGACCAAGGAUCGCAGCUUGGAGGAGAUCGACACCAUGUACUUGCUGCGCGUCAACCCCAUCACUUCCGCCAGCUGGGAUGGUAGCCACGUUCCGGAUGGAACUCUCAAGGGCGACGUGCCAUCCUCGUCGGAUGGUCACCAGGGUGGCGUAGUAGAGUCGGACUAA